GGCCCCGGCCGGCUGGGCCCCGGUGUCGGGAGGGAGGAGCCCCGCGAGCCGGACGCUGACGUCCUGUCCCCCUCAGGUGCUCCGAGCAGCCGCUCAGGUGCGUGCGUGACCUCGCCGCCUGCGCCGCCCGGCAGUUCUCCGUGGGGCCUCAGCUAAGACCGCUGCCAUGCCGGUGACGGUGACGCGCACGACCAUCACGACCACGUCGACGUCCUCGGGUCUGGGGUCCUCGACCAUCGUGGGGUCCCCCCGGGCGCUGACCCAUCCCCUGGGCCUCCUCCGGCUGCUGCAGCUGCUGUCCACCUGCAUCGCCUUCUCCCUGGUGGCCAGCGUGGGCGCCUGGUCGGGGCCCAUGGGCAACUGGUCCAUGUUCACCUGGUGCUUCUGCUUCUCCGUGACCCUCGUCAUCCUACUCGUGGAGAUGUGCGGCCUGCAGGCACGUUUCCCCCUGUCCUGGCGCAACUUCCCCAUCACCUACGCCUGCUACGCGGCCCUGUUCUGCCUGUCGGCCUCCAUCAUCUACCCCACCACCUACGUGCAGUUCAUGUCUCACGGCCGCUCCCGGGACCACGCCAUCGCCGCCACCACCUUCUCCUGCGUCGCCUGCCUGGCCUAUGCCACCGAAGUGGCCUGGACCCGGGCGCGGCCCGGCGAGAUCACCGGCUACAUGGCCACCGUGCCGGGGCUGCUCAAGGUGCUGGAGACCUUCGUGGCCUGCAUCAUCUUCACCUUCAUCGGCGGCCCCGAGCUGUACCAGCACCAGCCGGCCCUGGAGUGGUGCGUGGCCGUCUACGCCAUCUGCUUCAUCCUGGCCGCCGUGGCCAUCCUGCUGAACCUGGGCGACUGCACCAACGUGCUGCCCAUCCCCUUCCCCAGCUUCCUGUCGGGGCUGGCCCUGCUGUCCGUCCUCCUCUACGCCACGGCCCUCGUCCUGUGGCCCCUGUACCAGUUCGACGAGAAGUACGGCGGCUGGCCGCGGCGGGCCAGAGACGUGAGCUGCAGCAACAGACACACCUACUACGUGUGCACCUGGGACCGCCGGCUGGCCGUGGCCAUCCUCACGGCCAUCAACCUGCUGGCGUACGUGGCCGACCUGGUGUACUCCGCCCGCCUGGUUUUCGUCAAAGUCUAGGACUCACCAGGGGCCCCGCUGUCCCCGGCCCCCUCCCAGCCCUUGCUGCCUCUCCCUUCCUCGCUGGUUCUCCCCUCCCUCUCUCUUCCUCUGGCUCCUCUCCCUUCCUCGCUGGCCCCCCCCUCCCUCCCUCUUCCUCUCCCUGUUGCUUUGCACUCUCUUUUGCACCUGUCUUGUUCCUCUGCUACCUUCUCCUCUCCUCUCCGCUCCGCUCUGGCUCCCCUUGCCUGCUUCCUCUGGAGCCCUGGGCCUUCUCUCCCCCCACCCCACCUCCAAAGGUGCUGAGUUCCACACAUCCCACACCCCUUCUUUUGCAGCUGUUCAUGCCACGGGCCUCCCAAGAGGCCUCAUUGCCAAAGCAUGCCUGCCCGCCCUAGCUGUGCCUUAGUCUGUCUGUGUGUGUGUGUGUGUGUGUGGGUUUGGGGGUGGGGUGGGGGUCGGGGAGUACCUAGGGAUCAACCCCUUUCUCUUGGGGGAGGAGGGUGUCCGGUGCACCUCCCCUUUCAGUUAAAAAAAUUUUUUUUCUGGAGGUCAGUAAUUCCCAGUGGGCGGGAGGCUUCAAGCACAGACCCCAGCCCCACCUGGCAAUCAGCCUUGCUUGAAAUUUGGCUCCAGAAAUUUUGCCAGGUUUCUUAAAACAGCCCCACUGCCUAGCGGCCAUCUCGAAGCAGGGUGGGGGCUUGGGGGGGGUUGCUUUUCAUCCCCACUAUUUUCUGUGCUGUCAGAAAAAAAACACAGACGCACAGGGUCUUGAAGCCAGCUGCCUGCAGUGUCCGUCCAGGGCCCAGGCCCUGCAGCCUCGGUGUUGAGACAACCAGCCCCGCCCGGGCAGGGGGCAGGUGGCCACUGCCUGUGUCUGCUGCUGCUCCUCCCCUGGGCACGGAGGCCUGGGUGGCCCUGUUCUUAAGGAAGCUUUUUCUUGUUUUCUCCUCCGGGUG